ACUAACGUACCCAUUAACAACACUAAGCAGCUGACUUUUGAUUUUUAUUUAAAAUGAUAAGAAGUGGCACCUCUGUCAUCCGAAAUGUCAAAAUCUACGAAAAUCACAAAAGGGAACAGGAAGAAAAUAAAGCAAUUUACACAGAUUCUUCUUAAAAUGAUGGCCUCGACUAGCCAAGCAGCCAACAAGCGGAGCCGAGCUUCAAUGGAGCAGUUAAGUGGCAUGCUGGACUUCUUCUGGGAAAACCCGGGACUAGCCGGUGGGAAGUUUCAUCGGCUUCACGGGAAGAUGGAGCACGAGAAGAAGUGGGAGGAGAUGGCUUCCAAGCUAAAUUCCAUCGGAGGCGCUCAAAAGUCUGCCGAACAGUGGCGUACAGUAUGGCGCGAUUUGAAGAGCCAGUGUUCGAGUGCGCGACAGGAAAAGGCAGCAGGCGUUAACCGGCAACAAGCCCGUUAAGCAAGCUCCUUUAACAGAGCUGGAAGAGCGGAUCGUGGCCAUAAUCGGGAGCAACUAUAUUGAGGGCCACGAGUCUGUGGCAGAAAAUGUACCAAUGAACUUGGUGCUCCAAUUGGCCAUGGAAGACGGUGAGGAGAUUGUUUUCCUGGAUGAACUGGUGGAGUGCGAA